UAUAGAAUAUUUUGAUUUAGUGUGAUACGUUCUUGUGGUGUGUCAGGUCGAAGUUGACUACCAUAUCUCGUGGUACAUCACCGACUGGGUGAGGUGCAGUUUUACUUUGUGGUGGUGAUAACAAGUAUCAAGAUUCAUUUCCCGCUGAUGUCAUACGGCAGCGAGACGCCGCACGUCUGGACCAGCUCAGGUAGCGAGGUGUCGCCAUACGGGCCGCUGUGGGAGGCGCCUCCGGCCUCCGUGCCCUACCCCGACAUACUGGCCUUUCCUCCGGCCGACCUGGUAUGGUCUGCGGGCGGAUGCGGUACACGUGGCGCAGCGCGCGCGACGGCAGGCGGCAAGAAGCCGCGCCGGCGCGUGGCCUCGGUGGCGCAGCGCCGCGCCGCCAACAUCCGCGAGCGCCGCCGCAUGUUCAACCUUAACGAGGCCUUCGACAAGCUGAGACGGAAGGUGCCGACGUUCGCUUACGAGAAACGGCUAUCACGCAUCGAAACACUGCGCCUGGCCAUCACCUACAUCGGCUUCAUGUGCGAGCUGCUUCACGGCUCUCCAUCGCCGGCGCCAGCGCCACACCAUGCACACGCGCACGCGCACGCCUUGCACCCACACAGGCAUGUCUUCGAGGCUGAAGUGCCGUGGUGCGCAUAAGUCAAAAAAAAAAAAUAUAUUAUCGUCAAUCAUCUCUUAGUAGAAUCCUCAUUUAAAAAUAUCACUAAGAUAAAAGGUGUUAGUGUGCAUUUACUUUUUAUUUUCGUUUCGAGAAAGCUCAGGACAACCACAUUUUGGAUCUUGGGCAGACCUUAUUUAAGAUUAUUUUUUUUAGAAUAGAUUUGCAAUGACAGUUACUAUUUCGUGUUGUGUUUGAAUCACUUUGUCGGAAUCAUGUACGCUACAAAUUACGAGUAUGUACAUAAAAGUAUAUAGUACUUUUGUAAUGGCACAGAUGCACCAACAAAGGUGUAUAUAGGAUUGAAAUGGGAAGUAAACGUGUGGUUAUAA